CUCGGUGGCUCAAGCCAGACUCCUUGGUUUUUCUUCUGCUCUAUCACCGCAGCGCGCGCUGGGACACGGCUCUCGGACCUCGCGAUGUCGGCUUCCAUGAUGCAGCAGAUGCCAGUCUACUACAGCGCUGCCGAUCCGAGCGCACCCAUGCCAAUGGUCACGGCGGCCGACGUAGCGAGCGCGCAGCCCAUGGCGGCUGAGCAGAUCGCCCAGUUCCUGCCGAUGGGCGUCCCCCAGGGCUUCAUGCCGAUGAUCGUCUACGGCGGCGCGGCGCCGCCGCAGGCGCCGCCGCAGGCGCCGCCGCACUACCGCAGCAGCUACCGGAAAAGCGGCGCCCGCACGGCGAGGGCCCCAGGGGUGCUUGCGGCGGCGGCCCUGGCACAUCUCGUGUGGCUGGGCGGCCUCUGA